CUCUCUCUCUCUCUCACCAGUUCCUUCAGUGUCUCGAAUCCGAAAACAGAGCUCCGCGCUGGGGUCUAUAGUGGCUGCCAACAGAGCUCCGUGUUGCAGUCAUGGCGGCUCCGUUAGCCCAUUUUGAUGAGGACUGGCAGGAUUUUAACGAAUUCAAGCCGUCCUCCGCUACGGCCGAGCAGCUGGACCAGCUGAACUCCAAUGUGGGCGAUUCGUCGUCGGGCCUAGACGAUUUCUCCGACCUGGACAACAGUUUCUCCGGGGAGAUAUGCAGCUUCAAAUCGAUGGAGGACCUCGUCCACGACUUCGACGAGAAGCUGACAGUUUGUUUCCGAAACUAUAACACCGCAACGGAGAACAUAGCUCCCAUUAAACCCAUCACAGAGGAUAAUUACCUGAAAGACGACGAGGUGUGGAAUGCUCUGACGGACAAUUAUGGCAACGUGAUGGCGGUGGACUGGAAAACAUCGCACACUCGCUCCCUACACCUGCCAACCCUCAAACUCACUGAGCUCGAGAAGUUGGACAACCAGUCUCUGGAUCUGUCAGACGACGAGGAGCUGAGGGAGCAGAUGGACAUGCACUCCAUCAUCGUGUCCUGCAUCAACAAUGAGCCGCUCUAUACAGCUGAACAGGUGAUCGAGGAGAUAGAAGAGAUGAUGCAGGAGUCUCCAGACCCAGACGAUGAUGACAGUCCUUCACAGUCCGACCUCUCCAUGCUCUCUCAGGACCUCCAUGCCCUGAAACGCUCGGGCUCCAACACCAGCUACGAGGACCGGCUGCGACAUCUGUCUGUGUCUGAGCUGACCGAGACUCUGGAGGAAGUGGAGACGGCCAUCCGCCGCUACAGCGAGGAGCUGAUCCAGGCUCUGGCCCUGCGGGACGAACUGGACUACGAAAAGGAGGUGAAGAACAGCUUCAUCUCGCUGCUGAUCGACGUGCAGAACAGACAGAAGGAGCACCGCGAGCUGCUGCGGAAGAAGAAGAAAAUCAGAAGUACGACAACAACCGGGCCCAACGGCCAAAGGACAACCAGCACGCACAUACCGGGCACGCUCCUCACUCUGGAGGGACUCUCCAAUGUCAUUCAAAAUGGCCUCCGUCAAACUUUUGGCAACACAGGAGGGGACAAACAGUAUCUGACCACAGUAAUCCCAUAUGAGAAGAAAGCAGGCUCCCCACCAGUCGAAGACCUCCAGAUCCUCACAAAGAUCCUCCACGCCAUGAGGGACGACAGUGAGAAGGUGCCUGCCCUGCUUACAGACUACAUCCUCAAAGCUCUGGUAUGAGAGCAGUGGAAACUGAGUUCUUUGUCCCACGUAAGGCCAAAGGCGAGCCUCCUGUUUCCAGAACCACCCAUUCCACCGUCAUGAGGGUUCUGGUAAUCUGGAAGAAAUGAGAACUAGACUGUCUAUCCUUACAUUUUUUUUUCCUUUUGUUUGAUCUCUGCCAUUUGUCUCCAAGAUUUUAACUCUAGAUAUCCUCGGUCCGUAUAGAUCUUUUCAUUCAUCAUGUUUAAAAUUUUCUAUUGCCUGAAUUCUACAACACUUAUGUCAUGAUUGCAUGAUGACUCAUCUAUGGAUGCUGGUAAUCAGUAUCAAUCCAACACUUUACUUCCUUUAUAGCCAGUUGCUCGUAGAAACAGAAGGGUCAGUUGAUUUUGAAUCUUUGAUUUUGAGGCUUUGUCAGUAAGGGAGGAAAUGCAUCGCAACCUUUCGGCUUUGUAAAUCAAAUCUAUUUGCAUCAGUCCAGCCCAUACCUGACAGAGAUAAACAAA